GUAAUUGUAUUGAUUUUAUAUUACAGCGAAGUCGGUGAAUAUGAUCCCCAAGGUCUAUUUUGUGUUUAACCACGACGAACGCAGUUGUGAAGCUGUUAAAAAUCUAGGAAAUGAUGGUGAGAUGGCCGUUUAUAUAAUAGGAGGAGGAACAGAGGUACAACCUUCCAAGAAAAGAAGGUUGCCAACAACAGCUAAACCUAACACAACUGUGGACAUACGCUCCCCGAAUCCGCGUGCAAGCGAAGAAGGGGAGACUACGACAACUGUGGACAUACGCUCCCCGAAUCGACGUGGAAGCGAAGAAGGGGAGACUACGAUGUUAUAUGAGGAUUUGGUGAAGCAAAACGAGGGAGGACCUUCGAACGAAAAUCACCAAUUGAAUAACGCACAUAUGCUCAGUCCUCGAUCGCCUGCGUAUGAUCCUGCGAUGGCGGUCAAAGGGUUGAGCAGAUCAUCUGCCAUAGUUCGUACGUCGACUCCGUUGGCUUCCCCAAUUAAUCUGCAGGAGGCUGCAGAGGAACCGGGGAGGUCCGCCGACGGUGAAGAGCAAGCGAUUGCCCCAGUGGACAGCGGUUGUGCUAUUAUUACACCUGUUAAGCGCAAUAGACGGAGAAGACUCAAACUCAAUAAAAAUCCGGGAAUCUUGACUCAAAAUAUGCCUGAAGAUAGUCAAAUAGCAGCCGCAAUUGAUGUAGAUUUCUGGAUGUCUCCAUAA